GAGUGGGGACUCAAGGGGUUGCGAAGGGAGUCGGGGCACUGCACAACACGCUCGCGGCCCCCGAGGGCUACGGGAUUGGGGUUUGGGGGCUACACCCACGCGUGUCGGUGCGAAGGGCGUCUUUAGCCGCGCCCCGGCCGCCGCAGCUGAGAAGCUGGAGACCCGGCCGGCGCCCUUCCCCUGUUUGAGUUGCCCGGAGGCGGCAGGGUAGGAGGGGGCGGACGGUGGCGGUCUGAGCCGGCGCGGCCCGGCCCUUCCGGGGCUGCGCUGCUCCCCCGCCUCGGAGCCGGCAAAAAUGUGCCUAGUCACGGGGCCGCUCUUGGGGGAACUGAGGUCUCUUCCUCUGCCCCCUGCCCCAUGACCCCUCUGGGCCGUCUAAGGGUGCUCCUUUGCGAGGUAAUCCGUCCAUCCAGCGGAUUGCUCGUAGACAGCUGGGCAAGAACGCCCAGCCCCCAGGGUGGGGGCGGGAGGAGGUCGCGAAGUGCCGCGCCCUCUUGCUGCCCCGACGUGAAGCGACUGAACUUAGCCCGCCCGCCCCCUCGCGCCAAGGACAUGGAUUUGAUUGACAUACUUUGGAGGCAAGAUAUAGACCUUGGAGUAAGUCGAGAAGUAUUUGACUUCAGUCAACGACGGAAGGAGCAUGAGCUGGAAAAACAGAGAAAACUUGAGAAGGAAAGACAAGAACAACUCCAAAAGGAGCAAGAGAAAGCCUUUUUCGCUCAGUUACAACUAGAUGAAGAGACAGGCGAAUUCCUCCCAAUUCAGCCAGCACAACACAUCCCGUCAGAAACCAGUGGAUCUGCCGACUAUUCCCAGGUAGCCCACAUUCCCAAACCAGAUGCUUUGUAUUUUGUUGACUGCAUGCAGCUUUUGGCAGAGACAUUCCCAUUUGUAGAUGACAAUGAGGUUUCUUCGGCUACAUUUCAAUCACUUGUUCCUGAUAUUCCCAGUCACGUCGAAAGCCCAGUCUUCAUUGCUCCUAACCAGGCUCAGUCCCCUGAAACUCUUGUCAGUCAGUUAGCCACUACUGAGGUAGACGACAUGCAACAGGAUAUUGAGCAAGUUUGGGAGGAGCUAUUAUCCAUUCCAGAAUUACAGUGUCUUAAUAUUCAAAAUGACAACCUUGCUGAGACUAGCACGGUUCCAAGUCCAGAAACCAAACCGACAGAAAUUGACAACUAUCAUUUCUAUUCACCAAAUCCCUCACUGGAAAAAGAAGUAGGUAACUGCAGUCCACAUUUUCUCAGCGCUUUCGAGGAUUCCUUCAGCAGCAUCCUCUCCACAGAAGACUCAAGCCAGAUGACAGUGAACUCAUUAAAUUCAUACGCAACAGGAAACACAGAUUUUGGUGAUGAAUUUUAUUCUGCUUUCAUAGCAGAGCCCAGUACCAGCAACAGCAUGCCCUCCUCUGCUACUUUAAGCCAGUCACUGUCUGAACUUCUGUAUGGGCCCAUUGAUCUCUCUGAUCUAUCUCUUUGUAAAGCCUUCAACCAAGACCACCGUGAAAGCACAACAGCAGAAUUCAAUGAUUCUGACUCUGGCAUUUCACUAAACCCAAGUCCCAGCAUGGCAUCACCAGAACACUCAGUGGAAUCUUCUAUCUAUGGAGACACACUGCUUGGCUUCAGUGAUUCUGAAAUGGAAGAGUUAGAUAGUGCCCCUGGAAGCGUUAAACAAAAUAGUCCUAAAACACAGCCUGUACAACCUUCUGGGGAUACAGUCCAACCCCUGUCACCACCUCAGGGUAAUAGUGCUCCAGUGUGUGAUGCCCAGUCUGAAAACACACCAAAGAAAGAAGUGCCUAUAAGUCCCGGUCAUCGAAAAACCCCAUUCACAAAAGACAAACAUUCAAGCCGCUUGGAGGCUCAUCUCACAAGAGAUGAGCUAAGGGCAAAAGCUCUGCAUAUCCCAUUCCCUGUAGAAAAAAUUAUUAACCUCCCAGUUGAUGACUUCAAUGAAAUGAUGUCCAAGGAGCAAUUCAAUGAGGCUCAGCUUGCAUUAAUUCGAGAUAUACGUAGGAGGGGUAAGAAUAAAGUGGCUGCUCAAAAUUGCAGAAAAAGAAAACUGGAAAACAUAGUGGAACUGGAGCAAGAUUUAGAUCAUUUAAAAGAUGAAAAAGAAAAAUUGCUCAAAGAAAAAGGAGAAAACGACAAAAGUCUCCAUCUACUGAAAAAACAACUCAGCACCUUGUACCUUGAAGUCUUCAGUAUGUUACGUGAUGAAGAUGGAAAGCCUUACUCUCCAAGUGAGUACUCCCUGCAGCAAACAAGAGAUGGCAAUGUAUUCCUUGUUCCCAAAAGUAAGAAGCCAGAUGUGAAGAAAAACUAGAUUUGGGCAUAUCUGACCUUUUCUGAGCUAGUGGAUUUUUUUUUUUUAAUACUAAAAGCUCCUACUGUGAUGUGAAAUGCAGAAAUAUACUUUAUAAGUAAUUCUAUGCAAAAUUAUAGUCAAAACUAGUGUAGAAAAUAUAAAACUUUGAAAAGCAUUAAAAUAAGUUAUCAGUAUGCUGAAUCAGUAGUUUCACUUUAAUUACAAACUUAAUUUCUUAGAACACCAUUUGGGCUAGUUUCUGUAUACGUGUAAAUACUACAAAAUCUUAUUUAUACUAUUCUUAUCUCAUUUGUUACGUUCAGAUUUAUACGAUACAACAUCUGGCUAAAAGCAAAUUGUUGCAAAACUAACCACUAUGUACUUUUUUAUAAAUACCAUAUGAACAAAAAUGGCAUUUUUUUAUAUUAAAUUGUUUAGCUCUGGCAAAAAACAAUUUAGUUGAAAAGUUGGUACUAAUAAAGAAUAUGACUCUUAAAGUGUUUCUCUGAAAUUCAUUUGCAUUUAUUCAUAGUAUCUUCUGUGACAAUAUGAAAAGCAUGCUAAAAUGGCAGAGAGUAUCAAAAAGAUUUCCUCUUUAGCAGUAGGUACAAGUGAAGCAAGAAAAAAUAAAAAAUGACAUACAUAUAGCAUGCACCCAGGUGGCAACAUUUGGAAAGUGUGGGAAACCCAUUCUAUUAGCAAAGAUGGAACACAGGAAAGUCUAAAGGUUCUAGGAGUCUAUUUGAGAAAGAAUAACUAUAUGGUUGACCGUAGAGGGAGAAAAAAAGGUGGGUCAGUAGAAUAGGACAUGGCAAAGAUCCUUGCUAAGCCUUUAAGAACUUUGGCUUUUACCUAGUGGGGAGCUUCUGGAGGUGUUAGGAGUAACAUCUGCGUUAAAAGCUUCCUCUGCCUUGGUGUUGGCAGUAGUCUAAAGGGUAAUGGUAGGAGCUGGAGACCAAUGGGGAGACUGAAAUAUUAACAUGGGACGUGGUGUCCUGGUUUAGAGUGAUAGCAGUAGUGAGAAAGCAUUGGAUUCUGCAUUGUUUUAAAGACAGAACUAAAAGGAUUUUCCAACAGAUGGAUUCAGGGUGAAGGCAGACUCAAGGCUAUGGUUCGAAGGUCUAGGUGGGCAAAUUAGUUCACUUUGGGACAUAGCCAGUGAUAAACAUGUAAAUACCAGGUCCAUUUAGAAUAAGCACCAUGUGCUAACUAUUCACUUGAAAGUCCUAUCAACCGGUUAGGACCAAAACACUGCACAUACCCUAGAGCCAGAUCGCCUAGGCUGCUGCAGUUUUCCUAGAACCACCUCCAGUGAGGCAAAGCACUCAGGCUGCUUCCUUAUCUGUAAAGCAGGGAUAAGUGCUGUUAAGCACUCUAUAAAUUGGGCAUUUUCUUUAGUCCUGUAUCAGCAUGCCCUUUGGUUGAUGGUGAAAGAAAGAAUUUGACUCAGCUGGCUGGAAAGCUCAGGCUUGAAGGCAACUUCAUGGACUAAUGGAACAAGGCAUUCAAACGCAGAUUAUGCUGUGGCCUGUCUGGAUCAAAACAUCCUAUAGUGGUGGUGACGACAUCCCUGGAAGAAACUAAACUUUUCCUAUCUCAGAAAACUCUCUUGAAUAAAGUGCCCUUAAACAAAAUUAGGGGUGGAGAUUGGGAGCAAAGGCAACAAUCUGUUACCACCCCCUACCUGGAAUUAACUGGCACCUACUACACAGGGGGAGAACACUGGGCAGACCAGAUCUUCUAGCACAACAGCAAAUUCCUUCACUGUUGGUGCAUUUAGAUUUCAAAAUGAGUUCCAAGACAAAACGCCAUAGAGCCUUUCAAUAUCUAAAUAUCACUUUCAAAUACUAAACAUAGAGAAUUAGGCAGAACUAAAUUUUAAAUAUAACAAAUCCUAACAACUUCCCUAUGACUAAAGUAGAUUUGUUUUUGCUUUUGAGGGCCACACCUAAGGCAUGUGAAAGUUCCCAAGCUAGAUGUUAAAUCACAGCUACAGCCACCCGGGAUCCGAUCCCUGUCUCCAACCUACAGCACAGUUCAUGGCAACACCAGGGAUUGGACGUGUUUCCUUAUGGACACUAGUUGGAUUUGUUUCCAUCACACAAGGGGAACUCUCAAUUUAAUUUCUCCAUCUGAAUGUGCAAUACACUUAUACCUGCCUCCUCAGAUUAAAUUUGGCUAUGCAAUUGUUAAGCCUUAUUGAACUCAAGUUUCUAGUUUUAAAAUGGGCACCUGUGCCUGCUGGAUUGAGAUAUAUCAAGCAUUCUAUUAGAAAUCUUAAUAUAGCAUGCUAGUGCAUGUUACAUUAAAAAUGUUCUUGCUAGGACUUAUUCUAUAGCCUAUGGAGAGGCUGCUCAACUGCAUCCCUGCUAUGGCUCAGUGGUAACGAACCCGACUAACAUCCAUGAGGAUGUGGGUUUGAUCCCUGGCCUCACUCAGUGGGCUAAGGAUCCGGCAUUGCCGUGACCUGUGGGGAAGGUCGGAAGAUGUACCUUGGAUCCCACAUUGCUAUGGCUGUGGUGUAGGCUGGCAGCUGCAGCUCCAAUUGGGCCCCUAGCCUGGGAAUAUGCUGCAGGUAUGGCCCUAAAAGGUGGUGGUGGUGGGGAUAAAAAUGUACCUGAUAUUACUUCCCAUACCCAUUCUUGUUUUUAAAUCUUAUAACUGAUACAAAGUAAUUCUAAUUCUUAUUUUAAAAAUAUUUACCAGGCCAGUUUCCACUUUUUGAAGAAAACUUAAAAGACUGUAAGAACCUUAAUGCUACAUGGAGGGAAAAAACCCUCACAUUGGCAUUAACUUCACUGUCACUCAUUAAAGUUGAGAAAUACUAUCUCCUUAAGCACCAUGGACCAGGCACCAGUAUAAGCUCUUUAAACCUGUUAUUUGAGUUUCCUUGUGGCACAGUAGGUUAAGGAUCCUACAAGUCACCGCAGCGACCAAGGUCAAUGUUGUGGCAUGCGUUUGAUCCCUGGCCUGCGAACUUUCAUGUCACGGGUACAGCCAAGAAAAAAACAAAACCCAUCAUCAUAUUUAACCUUCAGACUUACCGAGGUCAAGCUAUUAGCUCUUUUGCAAAAACAAACUAUGUGAAUACAAGAAUUCUGAAUCUUGACAAUAGCUUGAUCAGCAAAAAUUCCUUCUUUCACUAACAUUUAAUGAAAUUAAACAUCUCCUUCAAUGUUUACAAGCAACAAAAUACAACGGUAUUUGCAGUACCUCUGAUUUUGUCAUUAGUUAAAAAAUCCUAAUUUUCUAAGUUCCCUUCCCUGCUGCGGUGCAGAUUUGAUCCCUGGCCCAGGAACUUCCAUGUGCCAUGGGUGUGACAAAACAAAACAGAUACUGUGAAGUAUCUCAAAACACUUAUAAUCACAACUUCAAAAUUUUAAGUCAGACCCACCACUAGCCUUAUCUGAUGUUUUUAUAUUACUGAGUCAAACUUAACUUCUGUUAACUAUCCUGAAUGAAACUGUUAAUUCUAUGUAUUUAAUGCAUAUAAAAUCAUUCUAAGAGGUCUGCUGGCAUCACCAAACUGCCAAGGGGAACAUUAAAAAAAAGAAAAGAGAGAAAAAAAAAAGCACACUGCCAUGAACUGUGGUGUAGCUCGCAGACACAGCUCAGAUCCCACGUUGUGGCUCUGGUGUAGGCUGGCAGCUACAGCUCUGAUUAGAUCCCUAGCCUUAGAAUCUCCAUGUGCUGUGGGAGUGGCCCUAGAAAAGGCAAAAAGAAAACAACAAAAAAAACCCCAAGUAACUUGACCAAGGUCAACCUUCAGUUCUGAAUUUAAAUUUUACUGAUAAAACCUGAUAGCAUCCUCUUCCAGUAUCUACUGAAUAAAAGUGUUGAGUAGAUGACAACUGAGAUUAAAUCUAAAUAACUUAUCAGUUCUCUCUGACGCAGUUCUCUCCAGAUUUGUCUGCAGAACUAGACUAAUACAAUGCUUUUUUAAGAAAGAAAAUUAAGAGUUUGGCAGCAUCUCUGCAAUGCCAGGUUGCAGGUUUGAUCCCUGGCCUGGCACAGGUUAAGAAAUCCCAUGUUGUCACAGAUGCAACUGCAGCAUAGACCACUGCAGCUCUGCUGUUUCCCGGGCAGGGAACUCUCUACAUAGGGCAGCGAAAAAAGAAAAAUACACUUUAAUCUCCGGAUACUGCUAGUUAAAAUUUGAUAGAACCCUUCAUCCUUGUGAUAAGCUCUUUUAACUACUGUGAUGGCUAUAUACAUGUAGUGAAACUUAAUUUUUGCAUCUUCAAAGCUGUUGAGACACCACCCUUGUAUAUAUUAUUUAUCUGUAUUUGUCACCAAUAAAUCUGAGAAGUAAAACUGUAUAGAUCCACAUCUCUUAGCUUUUAGUACUUAACCUCUACCAGAUGAAUAUAGUUUAAUGCAACCUUACCAUUACCCAACUGUCUAAAAAUGUGAUAAAAAUGACAUACUUUUACCUGUUACCUUACUCUUCUCCCAACUCCUUAGUACUUUCUAUUCAGUUCUAAAUUGUUAACCUAAUGUAUUAACAGAGUCCCACUUUUGCAAAAUACAAGUAAAACAAAAUAAUAACUGCUGUCUAUGAGUACAGGGGAGAUUCCAAUUUAUCUUAUUCCCUAAAAUUUUGCAGUUUAAUGUAUUUUCAUUCUGAGAAAAUGUAAAUUUUAUUUUACGACUCAACUAUUAAACUAGAAUUAGAAGAUACUUAAGAGCUGCACAGAAAACCACUGCAUAAACUCUAUGAAAUCAACACUGAACACAAGCAAAAUAGGUCACAAUCCUGUUAACAGCUAAAAAACCUUUGUGAAAUGCUUCAGUUCACAAAGCAUUUCACAUGGUCUUUAACAACUUUUCACGUUAACAUCAAUGUUAUCCAAAUACAUGUGCUUAUAUAAAAAAAUCCCAUUAAAAUGAUACCUCACCAAUUUGUCAAACUCCAACAGAUUUUAUCACUUUACAUGGGUUAAACUGCAGAACAGUUUAAGACUAAAGUUUUCCCCAAUCCACCACCAUACCACAAAAUGCUAGAACCCUUCUCAAGAUUAAGAACCCAACACUUCCAAAGCAAAAAACAACCUAGUACCUUCCAACAUCAGGAUCCUGCUUUUAUCUUUAUCCCAAAUUGUUUUUCACCUAAUUAGCCUUAACUAUAAUUUUCCUCCAAGUUCAUUGGUUCCUCACCUAACACCCAAGUUAUCUCAUGUACUGUACAUCCUUCAAGACCUAAAUCCUUAGGUAGUAAUAAACUGAUUUUUUCCACACCUAUUUCUCAUGCAAUCCACUUGUUUCAUAUUGAAUAGAAUCCACAUCCUUUAAACUGAUAUGUGACAACUUAUUCUAAAUUUCCUGUUUUUACUUGCUAGUAAUGUAUGUAAUGUCCACCUAUACAGCAUUUAUGUCACAUGAACCUUGUGAAGUGACAAAACAACACACACAUUUCUAAAAAUAUUUUAAUGAAAAAGUUAUCUUUCUGUAAACAUUUCAUUAUACUACAAAUGAAACAUUUGAAUCCAUUACAGACCACCUCUUAAGUCUUAAAAAAUCAGAGUAAAACAUUGAAAUUUAAAAGUAAUCUUGUUCAUAUAUCCUUAUUACCCCUGCACAUUAGCAUGCUCACUACUUUGUGAUAUUACUGGAAUUCCAAGACACCAGCAUUAGAUAUUUCAAAUUGUGACUUAGUAUUAGAACUCUCAAAACCAAGUGUAUUUCAACUGUUCCUUAACAAAUUGUCUUUGAUACCAAUUUUUUUUAAAGUAAUGAAAUGUAAAUUGAGUUUGUCCCUUUUUUUUCUAAAGAAAUGUGUGGGAAGCUGUAACCUAAGAGUUGCUUUGACAAAAUCAGUUAGGGUUUGCCUUCAUCAUCUCCCCUUGUAUAAAAUAUCCUUUUGUUUACUGGUGCUGACUUAGGAGCAUCCUAUUUUUCAGAAAUAACAGUGGAACUACAUUUAAAUAAAAAUCACUUUAUUUCAUAAAGAAAUGAGAUGGACUGGAAAAGAACCACGCUUUUAAAAAACGUUUUCUAUCUUAGGAAAUUGCUUUACUAAAAACCAUGUUGUAAAUAAUUUGUCAUUAAAGGCUAUUUAUUACCUUAUUGAACACUUCAUUCUCUGGUGAUGUGUAGAAAUUCAUCCCUCAUUUAGGUACAGAAAGAGACCCAACCAUUUCUGAAAAUAAAGUCUAUGGCAAACUACUCCUGUUUAUGUAAGAACUUCACUGAUUUUUAAUUUAGAAACCAGUUUUAAUCACCUGCCCCACCAAGUGUUAUUUUUUUAAAAAGUGAUUUAACAUCUAAUCUCAAAUUUCAACAAGCCCUUCUAAGGCAGCAGUAAUAGCCCUUAUGAACAAUCAGCAUCUGAUAUGAAUAAUAAUUGAGUAACAUUUUAACUACUCUUUGGAAAAGCUUGUCUUUUAGAAAGGAGCUUUAGUGUAAGUAGGCUCCCACUGCUUCUGGGUAACAGGUUAAACACAAAAAAAACUAAAAAAAAGAACCAAAAAUUUUAUUCUAUUAAUCCAAAUAAUUCCCUAUAGUCAUAUGCAAGAGAACGUAUUUAUGUAUGAGGCCACCUGAACACCUGUAUGAUCUGACAAUUGUGAAAGUUCAUUCUUUUUCCCUAGGAAGAGGACUGGAAGCUUAAUGCUUGCUACAAGUCAUGCUUAUUACAAAAACCCUUCAAAAAAAAAAAAAAAAA